AUGGACGACGACUUUGGGUUUGACUCUGCAGAUGAGGCAGAUCUCCUCGCCGUUGCCGACGGCGUCCCUCCCAGCACCAAGCGGGCUCCAGAUGACGGAGACGAUGCCAUUGAAGAGCCUGCCUCCAAGAAGCACCGAUCUGGAUCACAGACAUCAGAGCUUGCCCAGAAAGUACUAAGGGAGAGAUUCGAUCUGAACGCUUUUCGUCUCGAGCAAGAGGCGGCGAUCAGUCGAAUCAUUGGUGGCGAAAGUGCUGUAGUGGUCUUUCCUACCGGCGGAGGCAAGAGUUUGUGCUAUCAGGUCCCAGCUGUCGCUAUCAAAGAGCUUGACCGUCAGACAAAUUCCAGAAGCCCCGAGGAGAGUGGAGUUACUGUGGUCAUCUCUCCUCUGAUCGCAUUGAUGAAGGACCAGGUUGAUGCCCUCCGACGAAGAGGUAUCAGUGCUGCAGUCCUUGAUUCGACACAGACUCGUGAAACCUUCGUCGAUAUUCACCAAAAGCUCUCGUGUGGGAAGCUCGAUCUGUUGUAUUGUGCCCCGGAGCGUUUGAAUAACGAGGGAUUCCUCGCCUCGCUACAGGCCAUCCGCGGCGGCAUCCGACUUCUGGCCAUCGACGAAGCUCACUGUAUCUCAGAGUGGGGUCAUUCUUUCCGGCCAGACUACCUCAAGAUUGCUCGGUUCGCCAAGGAAGCCAAUGUCGAACGAGUGGUUUGCCUCACCGCGACCGCCACGGCGGCUGUCGCAAAGGAUAUUCGCGACACAUUCAACAUCCCCCCAGAAGGCCUCUUCGUCACAAGCAUGUAUCGCUCAAAGUUUGUGCCCGUCUGGUUCAUCUCCCUGAGAAGCAAGUCUAACACGUCCAGCCUCAAUCUUUGUGUUCAAGCUAUCAACGAGAAGGAUGAUCAGGUGAAGAUCUGCACCAGCUUUUUAAAGGAACACCCGGGUCCGUCAAUCAUCUAUGUUACAACACACGCAGGUACUGAAAGCCUGUCCAAGUCGCUGGUUGCCAAAGGCUUCAAGGCGAAGCCGUAUCACGCAGGGCUGGACAAGGACGUGCGAUCCGACAUCCAAGACAAAUUUCUACGCAGUACCGACAUGAUUAUUGUUGGCACGAUUGCCUUCGGUAUGGGAAUCGACAAAGAGAACGUACGGACUAUCAUCCACUUUGACCUUCCCAGCAGCAUCGAAGCGUACAGCCAACAGAUUGGAAGAGCCGGCCGAGACGGUAAACCAAGUACAUGCAUGCUGUAUCUCUCAGACAAGGACUUCUUCCUAAGGAACGUGCUCGUGCAUGGAGAACGCCCCUCGAGACUGGCUCUACGCGCGUUAUUCGAGGAGAUUUGCGAUGAAGAGCACUGUCGGCUUUCUCCUGGCGAGACGUUUUCCGUGGGGAUCACCAUGCAGUCCAAACGAGUUGAUAUCAAGGAGACGCAAUUAUCCAUCAUUUACGCUUACCUGGAGCUCAAGUUCGGCCUACUUCGAGCAGGAACGCCGCAAUACUCCGAAUACAAGUAUCAGGUGCUGCAGCGACAAGAGUACAACGACGAUGAUACACCAGCAGCAAAAGCGAUACGCCGGGGAUCCCGAACGGCGAAAAUAUGGACAUUCAUCGAGAUUGAUGAUGUUGCGGAUGGCAAGCACCUGUACCGAGGCGACAUCACAAGAAAAUUGGACCAUUGGGCCGAAUCCGGGGUCGUCAAGCUCCAAAAGUCUGGCGUCCAGAACGUUUUCCGACUCAAGAAGGCGCUGCCCAAGAGCCAGCCGGAGAUCGACGCAAUGAUCGAUAACAUCGAUCAGGAAAUCAUCAAGAAGGAAAAGCAAGAUCUCCAGCGGGUCCAGGAUCUCGUCAACCUGUUGACAGGUACAAAAUGCAUCACGCGCGCCCUGGCGGCCUACUUUGCCGAUACCACUCACGCAUCGGUCGAGGAGUGCGGGCACUGCACCUGGUGCGAGACGCACAAGCAGGUGGUCCUGCCCGAGUUCAAGCCGAAGCCGCUUGACAAGGAUCUCAUGAAGAGCAUCGCAAGCGUCUGCAAAGCCCUCUGCAGCGAUGAGGCACGGAAAGCGAAGUCGAGCAAGACGCCCUCCGCCACCAAGCAGGCUUUGGCCAACAGUACCGCGAAGAACGAUCCACGAUUCAUGGCGUGCGUGGCCUUUGGUAUCAAAACGCCGCGCAUCAGCAGCAUGCAACUAUGGAAGAACGAAGCUGUCUUUGAGAGAAUGAGCGAUUGUGAUUUUGAUGAACUUGUAGCCGCUUUCGAAAAGAUGAUCAAAUGA